AUGGACAACAGUCCUUUGCGGGUUUUGACUGUACCUACGUCCCCUUACUCUGACCAGAGACCCGGUAGCAACGGCCUGAGAAGAAAGGUCCACGUCUUCCAGUCCAGAAGGAACUAUCUGCACAACUUUAUCCAGAGUAUCUUUUCCUCCAUUGAUCUUCGUGACCGUCAGGGUUCUGCAUUGGUUGUAGGGGGAGAUGGACGCUUCUUUAACCAAACAGCUAUUGAGGUCAUUGUGCAGAUGGCAGCUGCCAAUGGGGUGGGCCGUCUCAUUGUUGGUCACCAUGGAUUAAUGUCCACACCAGCUUGUUCCUGUGUGAUCAGGAAAUUUAAAGCCAUCGGUGGUAUCAUCCUCACCGCCAGUCACAACCCAGCGGGGCCUGACGGGGACUUUGGCAUCAAGUUCAGCACUGCAAAUGGAGGACCAGCCAAUGAUGCCAUUACAAACAAGAUCUACCAGAUCAGUAGAACCAUUGAAGAGUUUGCCAUCUGCCCUGGACUCAGACUUGAUCUGACAACUCUAGGCAAACAGACAUUUGAUCUGGAAAACAAGUUCAAACCUUUUACAGUUGAAAUUGUGGAUGCUGUGGAGUCCUAUGCUAACUUGAUGAGAAACAUCUUCGACUUUGCUGCCCUGAAGGAGCUUCUAUCGGGCGAAGACCACAUCAAAAUAAGACUGGAUGCCAUGCAUGGAGUGGUAGGUCCAUAUGUGAAGAGAAUACUUUGUGAUGAACUAGGUUGUCCUGACAAUUGUGCCAUCAAUUGUGUCCCAAUGGAAGAUUUUGGUGGUCACCGUGCCGAUCCAAACCUCAUCUACGCUGUAGACUUGAUUGACAGCAUGAGAGAUGGAGAGUAUGACUUUGGGGCAGCAUUUGAUAGCGAUGGGGAUCGAAACAUGAUCCUUGGAAAGCACGGCCUCUUUGUCACCCCGUCUGACUCGUUGGCCGUGAUCGCUGACAACAUCUUCUGUAUCCCAUACUUUCAGCACAGAGGGGUGAGGGGCUUGGCCCGCAGCAUGCCCACAAGUGCGGCCUUGGACAGAGUAGCCAAGGCUACAAAAAUAGAGCUGUAUGAAACUCCCACUGGGUGGAAGUUCUUUGGAAACUUAAUGGACGCAGGACGACUGUCUUUGUGUGGAGAAGAAAGCUUUGGAACAAGUGGAGAUCAUAUUCGUGAGAAGGAUGGGCUUUGGGCUGCGCUGGCGUGGCUGACCAUCAUGGCCUCAAGAAGGCAAAGUGUGGAAGAAAUACUUCAAUACCACUGGAUAAAAUAUGGAAGAAACUACUUCACCAGGUAUGACUAUGAGAACAUUGACAUUGACGCAGCCUGUGAAAUGAUGGAGGAUGUUGAGCUCCUGAUUGCAGACAAGACUUUUGUGAGGCAGCGAUUUGCAGUGGAAGACAAAAUCUAUCAAGUGGAAAAAGCUGACAAUUUUGAAUACACAGACCCAGUUGACAGCAGCAUCACCCGGAACCAAGGUCUGCGGAUAAUCUUCUCUGAUGGUUCUCGAAUCAUCUACAGGCUCAGUGGUACAAGUAGUGAUGGGGCCACCGUUCGGAUCUACCUGGAAACCUAUGAGAAGGAAGCCGUAUUUCAAGAAACACAGGUGGUGUUGGCACCAUUAGCCACAAUCGCUCUGAAGAUUUCCCAGCUCCAUCACAGGACUGGUCGUACUGGUCCGUCAGUUAUCACUUAA